AUGCUCAAAGGUUACACAAGGAUUCUCGACGUCAUCUUCGCCAAGCUCGACGUCCCUGAUUUGAAAACGUCUCGUCUCGUCUGUCAAGACUGGGCCGACGUGGGCGCAACUUUUCUAGGAAAACGGACCCUUCUUGGCUUCAACAAGCUUUUUUCCGAACCCAACUUCGGUGAGGUGUCCCACGUCAACGACAAACUGAUGCGACGUGUCCACAUGUGGGUUGAUUGCUACAAGCCCAUUACCUCGCUCGAAAAGAAUGCUGAAUUUUUCAAAAAAGCGUUUUCAGAAUUAACUAAAGUGUCUCAAUUAAUUCGAGAAAUUCAUUUUGUCUCCAUGCGGAACGAACUUGUCCCCGUUUGGCUGGAAGGAUUUAGGGCGUUGGGGUCCACGAAGAUUCAAAACAUUACCAUCCUCUGUUACCAAAUUACGUUAUACACAAUUCCCGCCGAGGCGUUACAAAAACUCCCGCCGCAACCCGGUUUGACCUCGGUGAAGUGCAUAAUUCAUUCAAGCUUUCGGGAAACCCCGAGAUCUCCCGACAUUCAGGCCCUACUCCAAAUCUGGAUCGAUUCUGCCCCCAAUUUGACCACUUUGGACGCCAUGGCGUUUUUUUAUCCAAAUUUGGAGGGGUGCAAAAAUCUCAAAGUGCUGAAAUUUAGAUUGAUACCACACCAUGUGAAUUUUGGUAACGCCUAUUUGAGCCAUGUGACCAAGAUGCUGGGACAGGUGAAGGAUUCCUUAAUUGAGCUGGAAUUGGGAAAUUGGUUGCCUCAGUAUGGUUCCAUGGGGGAGAUAACUGUUGAGGAGCUUCCCAUCAUGUCAAAACUAACCACGCUCUCCAUCUAUGCCAUAGACGCGUACCGAUUUCAUGGCUUUUUUGAUGAGGACCACUUUCCAAAAUUAAAAACCCUCUCUUUCCACUCCGGACAUCUGGAAUCGCCCUUGAUAACCCAUCUUUUUUACUGGAGGCGCCACAGAGGAGUUCAGUCUCUCUCGUUGACCGUGGAGUUCGGAGAGGAGAGGGAGAUGGAAUUCAGUGGCAUAAUGAUCCCCUUGUUUCCGGCGGUUAAGGAAUUCGAUUUCGUUAUGAAGUUUAAUUCCAUUCCGGCUUUAAGCCGGAUCUUGAGACCGUUCCGACUGUGGGCUUUGGAACGGGGCAACGUUCUCGCGAAAAACGUGGGACAGACCUCCACGUUUAUUCGAGUCCUGGAAGCUAUAUCGGCAUGUGAAGGUGAUAAAGUCAGCUCAUAAAAAAUUAUUUUAACUAUCGAAACUUCCAUAACUUUAAGGGACCGUCCAUAA